AGAACGACGACCUUAUAUUUAAUCGGGUUUUGAGACGUUCUCUUAGCAUACUGUCAUUAGCUAGUGGUCAAUGGAAGUCUAUUUUUAUCGUUGCCAUCUGUAAUCCAUCUCGGGCUCCAUCGAGCUGCUGCUGGGGGUCAGAAUCACUGAUGCUGAGUCUGGACUGGACACUGUCUGCCUCUCGGCUGUCAACAACAGGCAAUUUGCACCUGCUAUUCUCCGCUUAAAUGUUGCUUCCUUCAGAUGGGAAAUCCUGACCAGUGAUCAAAGAGGGAGCAGCAUUUCUUCUGGAGACGUCUGUCAGCCUUACCAGCCACUCUGGAGCCCUCAGUACAAGCGCAGAAGACGACAGCGAGCAGUGAUACUAGUCACAGCAAGGGAACCGUCUUUUCAGCUGAGGGGGGGGCUGCUCAGCGGGACGGAGCCAUGGAGACACCAGAGGACACGGAGGGUCGUACCUUCGUGGAGGUGAUGAGUGAAAAGUACAGUCCAGAGAACUUCCCGUACCGCAGAGGGCCUGGUAUGGGGGUGGUGGUGGUGCCUACCGCAGGUCCUCAAGGCUCUCCGAUGAAAGACCGCCUGAACCUGCCCAGCGUGCUGGUGUUGAACAGCUGUGGGAUCAGCAGGGCGGGAGACCAGGCUGAGAUUGCUGCCUUCUGUGCCCAUGUCAUGGAGCUGGACCUGUCUCAUAACAAGCUACAGGACUGGCAUGAGAUCAGUAAAAUCGUGUCCAACAUCCCCAACCUGGAGUUCCUGAACCUGAGCUCCAACCCCCUGGCAGGAAUGACCCUUGAGCCGCAGUGUGCUGAAGCCUUUUCUCAUGUCCGACGCCUCGUCCUCAACAACACUCAAGUGUCGUGGGAGACUGUGCUGCUGCUCACCAAGGAGAUGCCUGAGCUGGAGGAGUUGUUCCUGUGCCUUAACGAGUACAGUAGUGUGAGUGCCUCCAGCGAGGCCUGCCCUACCUUGCGCCUGCUUCACAUCACCGACAACAGCCUCAAGGACUGGGCCGAGGUGCGCAAGUUUGGCUCCAUGUUCCCCAGCCUGGACACUCUGGUCAUGGCCAACAACAACUUGGCCUCCAUUCAGGACAGCAAGGAUAUCCUGCAAUGCCUCUUCCCCAACCUACGCAGCAUCAACCUGCACAACUCAGGUCUCAACCAAUGGGAUGACAUUGAGAAGCUGAACUUCUUCCCCAAGUUGGAGGAGGUGCGGCUACAGGGCAUUCCCUUGCUGCAGGCCUACACCAACGCAGAGCGACGCAGCCUCAUGAUAGCACAGCUCCCUUCAAUAUCGCUGCUAAAUGGCAGUGUUGUAACUGAUAGUGAGAGAGAGGACGCAGAGAGAUUCUUCAUUCGUUACUACUUAGAUUACCCAGAGGAGGAACUGCCCUACAGAUACCAUUCACUAGUAAACAAGUAUGGGAGGCUGGAGCCUCUGGCUGAGAUAGACCUUCGCCCCCGCUGCCGUGCCCAGGUGGAGGUUCACUGUGAGGAAAAAGUUGAACAGCUGAAUAUCCGUUUGGACCAGACAGUUGCUGAGCUGAAGAAGCAGCUGACAACAGUGGUCCAGCUGUCCACCAAUAACAUGAGGCUGUAUUACAUUGACAAAUGCAGCGCCUUCGGUCCAGAGGAAAUGAAGUACAACACCAGGGUUCUCCACUCCUAUAGCAUCCAAGAUGGUGAUGAGCUGCUGGUGGUGCCCAAAACCAAAUGAACAGCUGGUGUCCAACUGGCUGAUUAUCAUGACUAAUUGAUUGAUUGGAUUAUUUGUUGAUUGGUUAACUGACAACACAAAAUAAUUGGGGAAUGCAUACGGAACAGGGUCAAUGGCCCACUUGGAGCGGAGGGAGUAGACUAAGAAAAUGAUAUGAACGCCAUCCUGACAACUGCGCAGUGGACUGCAGUGGGCUGCUGGGAGGAUCUGGCUGGAACUUUUUUUUAUUUCAGCUUUAUUUGAGGGCAUCCACUGGAGAUAGUGGACAAAUCACACUGCAGAACAGGCCAAUAGAGCAACUCUCUGUCAGCUCACAGCUUAAGCAGAGGGGAGGGCACUGCUAUACCAGCACAGCAGCUCUAUCUCUUAGUGCACAGCAUGUACCAUAGCACCUGCAUAGGCAAGUAUCCAACCGCACUGGCUUGCCCACUUGUCGCAAAAGCUACCGUAAUUAGUAGUGAGGCAGUAGUGUUGAGUGGAGAGAGAGUGCUGCACUCAUCUGCACUUUUAAUGUGGGAUCAUUACCAGGAAAAGUAGCAGUUGUUAAAGGAAAAAUCAUGCCUAAAGCAGUUAAACACAGGGAUUUGUAUUUACACUAGUAUUUUGGGCCCUUUUUGUUGCUCAGUGGUGUUUUUUGUUUGCAUUUUUGCGUAUGAUUGUGAAAGUUGAAGGAUGCUACAUCACAUUCAGACCAUUUGACAGAACACCGGCAGAGUCAAAAAGCAACGGGUUCUUUCUAGAGCCGUAAUGACAAUCAACAAGCAUAUGGGCAUGAAAUUUAUCAUAGAAAACUUAGAUUUUAAAUCCUAAAAGUUGUAUAGAAAUGCAUUGUUUUUAAUUAAUGAAUUGCCUAAUAUAGUUUUUCCACAAACAGUGCAUCUACUCCUUCUCCCUCACUGAAAAAAACCUAUGGGGGGGGGCUUAAAUGAAAGGCAGGUUGUGUGAUAAUUGGUUAUAUGAAUAAGGAAAAUGACACUACUUUAUGACUUCAGAGUAUAAAAUUAUUUAAGGGUUGGCAUUCCUGUGUGUUAUCUUUCAUCCUCUAUCAUGUCUUCUCUCCCUGUGUUUUGUGGACUUGCAGAAGGUUUGUGUGUGGUACUGCAGGAAUAUGGAGUAUCUGGAUCAUUUCUACUAGCCAUCCAGUUCUUUUGUAACGAAAACAAGAGCUGUGUGCAUAUUUCCGGACAGGAAGUCGAUUUUGACAAUUAUGUAGGACAAAAUCACAUCAUCUGCAAAAUCAUCCACAUCAUCUAUCUUUUGCAGAUGAUGUGGCUCUGUUGGGUUCAUCAGAUUAAGAUCUUUAACAUGUGUUAGGGUGGUUUGCAGUUAAAUGAGCAGCUGGGCUGAGAGUUAGCACCCAUAAGUCUGUGGCCGUGGUUCUCUGCCAGAAAAGAAUGGAUUUCUCUCUCUGGGUUGAGAGUGAGUUUUAUGCCCUGAAUGGAGAAGUUCAAGUACCUCAGGGUCUUGUUUAUGAGUGAGGGUGACAUGGAGUUUGACUGAGAGAUUGUUGUGGAGUCGGCAGUAAUAAUACAGACAUUGUGUUGAACUGUUGUGGUGAAGAGGGAGCUGAGAUAGGAGGCAAAGUUUUCAAGUUGUCAGUUGGUCUACCUUCUAACCCUCUCCUAUGGUCAUGAGCUCUCAAUGAAACUGGAUACCAGCAGCCAAAAUAAGUUUCCUCCAUAGUGUGGCUGUUCUCAGCUUUAGCAAUGGAGUGAGGAGCUCAGACAUCCAGAGGGAACUGGGGGUAGAGCUGCUGCUCCCUGAGGCUAUAAGGGGUCUGUCGAGGUGGUUUAGGCAUCUGAUUAGGAAGCCUCCUGGCACCUUCCUUCGGAGGUUUUAUGGGCACAUCUAAUUGGGAGGAGACUCUAGGAUGCACCCAGUACACGCUGGAGAGAUAAUAUAUCUCAUCCUCCUUGGGGAUGCCUUGGAAUUCCCUUGGAGGAGCUGGAAAAAGUUGCUUGGGAGGACAUUCAUACUACCUUGCUUAGCCAGCUCUCACUGGAACCCAGCCCCAUAUAAGCAGCACAAAAUGGAUGGAUGCAUGGAUGUUUCUUUUAUAACUGUUUUAAGUUCUGAUGUUACUGUGUUUCUUAUCACAAAACACCUAUUGUACACAUAGACACACACGUGUGCACACGCAAGUUGCCACAAAGGAGCUGUGGUGUCACUUUAUGUGCUGUCCCCUCACAGGAUUCACAGUGUCUUUAUUAAUAUGUGCUCAGCUCUGUCACAUUGACUGCAGUACAUGAGGUUUUUAGUGAGGAAAGAAGUGACUGUUGGGGCACAAAUACUAAAAUUCAAAGUACUAGCUCAGUGAAUCCAAAUACACAUGCACCUCAUCAAUUAAAUCACAAGUAAGCAUUAAUGUAAUAUGGGCCAGGAGUAAAUGAAGGUGGAGACAGAGAAAGAACAGCAUUUGGACUCACAGUACUGAUAUAUUACACUAUCAAAUUACAAAUCCAAACUUAGGGUCCCUAACUUAGAGUCAAAGCAAAGGGACUUGCUUGUUUUAGAGAAGCUAACAUUCAUCAUGGCCCCACAGAGCAAUUUCACAUUUCCCACGUUAUUUCCAUCAAGAACAUACGUGUUCUCUACUGUUUACUGCUUGUGAAGGCCAAUGGCACAUUUGUGAGCAGCAUCGAUCUGAGCUGCUAUAGUAGUCCUUCCAAGCAAACCUAAUCUAACGGCAUUUUCCACAAGCGAAAUGCUCCUUUCGUGUUUGACCAAAAAAAUGCUUCAGAUUCUUGAAUCUUGUGGUGGUUCAAGUGGUGUCCCCUGCAAACAGCAGACAAGGAAAGCAGAAGAGUGACUUUUUGGCAACACUUGUAGUUAGUUUUUUUUUUUAUUUUGAACCACUCUGGAUUGAAGGAGCAGUUUUUGUCUUUUCCCGGCUGAAUGAUGCUGAUGUCCUCUGGUGUCAUCCCCAAUGUUUAAUCUCUAAAUUUUGCUUUUUGCUUUAGCAAGGUGCUAAAUCUGACUUUUAAUCAACUGUCCACCUGAUUCAUUUUACCACCCUUGCUGGUGGUCGCUAACAUGCACAUACAGUUUUCAGCCGCUAACUUGCUCAAAAAAAUGGGGAAGGGCAGGCCCUGUGUGCACCAAAAGAAGAAUGUUACGAGCUGUCCUGACUUUGAUGCAACAAAUAUAGCGAGAUAUUUGGAAUUUAUUACACUGCUAUCGUUUCCCUAUGUACUAAAUACGCAUAAUUGCCUUAGUUGUGAAGAAAACUAUAUAUUGUCAGGCUGAAUUACUGUUCAUGUCGUACAGUACUCAACAGCAACAUCUGGUGGGGCCCCUAAUGUAGAGAUGCCACAGCGCAUGACGGUAAACAAAAGAAUAUCUCAUCAUCACGCACAUUCUGAGCAGUACAGCACAACUUAACUUUAAAACAUCAUGGAAGUGCAGAUUUGAUUGUAUUCAUCCAUCUAUCCGUUAUCCGUCGCUACCUAUCCAAAUCAUAUUAGUUCAUUUGUCCACAUUCUAGGGUGAAAGAUGAUGCUGAGAGUUUGCCAAAAAUGUGUGUGUUAAUGGUUACUUUAAAACCAUAUGGUAGCAGUGUGGUUUUGCCAAAUUCCCUUAUAUUGCAUACAUGACUAUGAGACUUGAGUAGUUUUUCCUUUUUCUAUGUCGUGUUAUUUUUAUGGUCGUAAGAGUUUAGAUUGUAGCCUUGUAUAAUUUACUUAUUUGAUUGAAUGUAAUUUUGUUUUAUGGACCUUUAAAUGCUUAAUCAAAACAUCUCUUGAUUGUUUUGCAUUUUUUCAGAAAUAUAAUUAUCAAUUUUCCUGGAGCAGACACAGAUCUCAGUUAAGUACACUGCCCAUUAUUCAGUGAAAUAUUCCUUUAUGCCUACAUCAGUGUUUCAUUUUCUCCACUUUAGUGUAUUGUACAUUUCACUCCAUCCUGCCCAGAAAUACUUCCACCAAAGAUAGCUCAUUAGUGUGUUAUUAUGGUUAGUACUAUAAUGUGGAGUAUACAGCAUAUACAUUAUGUAUUGAUUUCAUUAUGAAGCCUCCACCUUGUAUAAGAGGAGCAUUGAUGUUUGAUGUUUGGUGCUAUUGAUUUUUCCUAUAGCAAGCAACUUAGCAGAGUAGGUGAUUCCCGACAGUGCGCAGUGUUACGACUAUGAUUCGUCAAGCCACAGAAUUAAAUAUUCACAUUUAGUGGCUGUUUGAAAACAAAUAUGUGUUGAGGCUGAGACUCUCAGUCCAUCCACUUGAUAGAAAACUUAGCUAAAUGCACUACGGCCUCUUUUUAACAGUGUUUUUACCCUCUAAACGUAUGAAUAUCUCCAGUAUGUAAAUGUAAACAGUAUUUCCCUCGUUGCUGUUCAGAUUACUACUUAUUUUAUAACACAACUGCUAUACUUGAAUACUCUAAGGUGUGAUAUAAUAAAACCAGGGAGUCAGUAUGAAGGUGUAGCACUGACUCACAGCGGGUUAUGAAAAGAGAUAUAAUGCUGGGACCUGUUCUCCCAUUUUAUCACAGUAGUGCUGAUUAAAUGUUAGCAUAGCAUGAAGCCAUAGAGCCAUAGAAACCAGCACAGAGAGAGAGAGAGGCAGCAGUGCAGUGCUGGCACCAACUUUAGUACUGAGUUAUAGUAUCUGUGCUAAUUAGUGUGAGAUGUUUGAAGUGAGAACAUGUACGUUAAUGUUUGCAGUGUGGAUGAUUUAUUUAUUUGUAUGCAUGUUAUUUAUUGAAAUUAUGUGUUUGUGAGGAAAGUGGUCACUGUGCCUGCUUAGGCUUAUGGAACAAUGAACUAGAUGGAACUUUGUUUAAAAAUAAGUCCAAAGGAAAUAUUAGAAGUCUUGAUAUUAAUUUAUUGUUAAAUUGUUGAGUACAUCCAGAUUUUUUAAGAACAUUAUGUUAUCAUGUUAUUUAUUUUGUCCUCUGCUUAUUGUCCAACCUGCCAUAAGCCAAAAAUAUUGGCUAAGGCUUUUCUAGGGCCCUUGCUUCCAUUGAAAACUUGAUUAAAGAUUUUAAAAUAUUCUCUGUAACAUGUAACAAAAACAUUGUUAGUUAUUAUUUCUGAUGAGUUUAACAAUGCCCAACUAAUCUGAUUCACAGAAUAUAUGGGUCAGAUUGAGCAGAUUUGAUUGACAGCCCCAAACAUCAACAGAUUUUGAUCCAAAUCCUGAUGGGUACAUGUUAUUAUGUCACUUUUUUCCCAACUGAGACCAGCUCAUUCAAGCCUGUGAGAAGAACUGAUAAAACCACUAAUAAUAAUAAUAAAGAUAAUAAAAACUUCAUAUGUAAAAUACCCCAGAUUGUUCUAAUUUUGAAAGAACCUGGUGUACAUAUGUGGGAUCCCAUCUCUUUUAGUAACAAGCUGAAUGAGAAAACUGAUUCUCAGGACCUUUACAAACCAUUCAACACCCUUUAAGUUUUAUUUGACCAUUCAGUAGUUUUGUGCUGGGAUUGCUGCAUUGCUCUUGCUGACUGGACCAACAGUAAACAAUGCCACAAAGUCAUGCUGUGAGGCCUUCCAGAGCCACCCUUUAUUAGUUAUUCAACAGUUUUACAGGGAGACAGUCAUCAGAGGCAGCGAUAAUAACUCCACCAGCAGUAGCAUCAAUACAUCAGAAUGCCUUGCAAUCACUGAACAUGUUGUAAUUGUAGUUUGAGUAAAAAGUGGCUUGCUUGUUGUUAAACUCUCAAUUUGCUGCCACCAUCACUAUCACUCUGAUUGCUUUCACUACCUUCAUUCAUACUACAGAUGAAUAUGACAUUUAAAUGAAUACUGUACUGUCAUUUGGGGAAACAGGCUUAUAUGCUUUCUUGCCAGGAGUUAGAUAAUAAGAUUGAUGUUCUCUGCCCCUCCAAACCAGUGCAGCUACAAGAAGCAAAUGGGGUGCUGAAAGCUGAGCUGAAAUACUGAAAAACCUCUCAGAAAUGUGAUAAACUGAUAUCAAAUGUGUUCAAAACACGAAACACUCCUCUGUUAGAUUAGGGCUUGCCUGCUGAAAUUGAGAUAAUUCACACAUUGAAUAGCUCCAUAUUUCCUUUGCUUACUUAAAUAAACAACACAUAAUGCUAGACAUCUGGCAGCUUCAGUACAGCACAGCCUGUUUGAAUGGAAACCUGUGAAACUAAAUUGAUACUUGCUACUCUGAAUAUAUCGGUAAAUACAUUCAUUAAGUCACCAUCUGCCUCUAAAAGCAACGUACCAGAGCUCAUAUUGAUCUCAAAAGGCUAUAUUUGUCUUUGAUUAUGGUGUUAUAGAUUUUGGUUGGACUAAAUGUGCAAGUUUCAUCCCCGCUUGGACUUACACACCAGUAUUUAAGCUCAUCAGCUCACCUACAUGUAACACGAGACUGUUCAUAAUCUGUGGCAAUUAAAGUGUAAUACUUUUUUGUAGGGACCUAUAUGAAGAAUUAAAUGGAACGGAAUGAGUCAUCUUUCUUGC